GUCAUCGCCGUGCGACGGUGCGAGAACCACAGGCCACAAGUCUCCCCCACCACCACCCCUUUGUCGUUUCUGAUCUCCACCGCAGGUGUCAAGAGCCAAAGAAAGAAAAGAAAGAAUCGGCUAACCCGCACUGUCCAUUAUGGUGAAAACAAUAUCGAUUGAACCCGCCGACAUAUCAGAUCAACGAGACCCACAACUCCCCCAUCCACACCUUCCGUCGACCGUCAUAUCUUAUCUCCACCACGAAAUCAAGAUUUCAGAGAAUCAAAAACCCAAAACGAAAUCACAAAACGCCCCCCAAAUAUCUCUGUUUUUGUUACCGCGGAUAUGGCAGAGGAGGGAAAGAAGAAAAAGGCGGCACAUUUCGUGCUCGUCCACGGCGCCUGCCACGGAGCUUGGUGCUGGUUCAAGCUCAAGCGCCUCCUCGAAUCGGCCGGCCACCGCGUCACCGCCGUGGACCUGGCGGCUUCCGGGAUCGACGGCGAGGCGAUUCACCGGGUCCCCACUUUCCGUCACUACACGCAGCCGCUGCUCGACGCUCUGGAAACGGCAGCCGGCGGCGACGACGAUGAAAGGGUGGUUCUAGUUGGGCAUAGUUCUGGCGGCCUGGGUUGCGCCCUGGCUAUGGAGACUUUCCCGGGGAAGAUUGCGGUGGCGGUUUUCUUGUCGGCUUUCAUGCCUGACACGCUCCAUUCCCCGUCGUUCGUUCUGGAUCAGUACUGUGCAAGAGCAACACCAAGGGCGUGGCUGGACACCGAGUUCGCACCAGCCAGCAGCUCGCAACCCGAUUUCCUGACCAUGCUAUUUGGGCCUGAAUUCCUCUGUUCCAGGCUCUACCAACUCUGUUCCAAAGAGGAUUUGGAGCUGGCGAAGGCGAUGGUGAGACCGAGCUCUCUGUACUUGCACGAUCUGAGCAAGACAGAGAAGUUUACAGAGGAAGGAUACGGUUCAGUACGCAGAGUCUUUGUGAUUUGCAAUGAGGAUCGAGCGAUAAAAGAGGAGUACCAGAGAUGGAUGAUUGAGAAUUACGUCGUCGAAAGAGUGAUGGAGAUCAAGGAAUCGGAUCACAUGGCUAUGCUUUGUGAACCCAGGAAGCUCUUCGAUUGUCUUUCUGAGAUAGCACAUAAUUACUCUUGAUCGGUGGUAGUAUGAAAUUUUUUGCAAAGGAUUUCGCGAAGAGGAAGGCCUUGCAGAGUCGCCGUCUCUGUUUUUAUAGUGGCUCAAACUGAUUUAACAGUAUCAGUUACACAUUGCUCAACUUAAAAUAAACAGAGCUUAUAACACGAAAUUUGAAACGUCUUUUUCUUAUUAUGUUUCUCUUCGAGCAAUCCCGAUCAAUCGAGGAUUUCUUCAGCUGCUUCAUCCUUUCAGUUUGAUACGAUGAGUAUAAAAACACGAAGAAAAGAUUAUGCACCAUUAUUUUUUAAUGAUAAUAACACACUGACAGCGUUAAGUGAGUGGCUGAUGAAAUUGAUGAGAUUGUCUAGACAAAUUAGCUUAUCAGUAUCAAAGAUUGCAUAGGUAAAUAACACAGAUUUCUUUAGCGUGAUUUCGUCAAUAUAACAUUAGUUCAGUG